GGGGUGGCGUGGCGGGGGUAGAGGGAGGGGUAGGGGGGUUCGAGGGUGGACGAAUCGCGCGUGUCCAGGAAGAAAAAUGUCGUUAGAAUCUUGACUCUCUGAUUAUUAUUAUUAUUAUUUUUUUUUCCUUCCUUCCUUCCUUCCUUUCUAUCAUUCAUUCAUUCAUUUAUUCAUUCUUUCACUACGUCUCAUCGUAUUUCCUCCCCCCCCCACAGCCUUCCUCCCCACCGUGAUAAUAUCUAAGGUUUUUUUUUUUUUUUUUUWUUUAACGAUAAAGUUUGACCUGGUUUUUUCGUUUCGUUUAUUUUCGUUUCUUUUUUUUGCGUUACCAUAAGAAGUUAUAUAAAUUUUCAUUUGACGUUAUAAUUUAAUUACUUUGAUAAUGAAAGAAAAUGUUAUAUGAAGAAGAAUGGUAAACGUAAUUUCGAAGAGGAGAGAAAAGUUGGAUGAUGAAUCGUUGAAAAUGAGUUUAACGUUUGGCGCCAAGUGUGUCGCGCGUCUAACCUUAGCUAAAAUGUUAAGAUUAAUACCGAACUGACUGAGGGAAGAAGAAGAAGAAUAAGAAGAAGAAAUAGUAAAAGAAGAAGAAGAAGAAUAAGAAAUAGUAGAAGAAGAAGAAAGUCUUGUUGAAACCUUACGACUGUUGCUGCUAUUGCUGUUACUAAUAGUGGUAGUGUUACUGGAAUGCUGAUAUUGCUGCUAGAAAACUCAUUAUCGUGAUUCCUAGUCGAAUAAAACCAAAAAGAAACAAACGGGCCCACAGUUGAAUUGCAUCGAAAACUUUGACUGAAACCGUGCAAGAAGAAAAUGACGUUUUAUUCUAACAUUCGUUAUCAUCAAUCUUAACGUCAUUCGUUAUUAUAUUAUUUUCGUUGGAAAUCUAACGAGUGGUCUCUUCGAAGAGAUAGAAAGAGAGAGAAAGAGAGAGAGAGAGAGAGAGGAAAGUUUGAAAUCAAUAAGAACGAGAUAUAUCUUAACGAUCAUGCGAGAUAAAUUUGCAUUUGGUUCGGGUGUCCCGGACAUGCACGAGACUCUAUCCAACUUUCCGGAACAGUUUGGUGAUGGACCGAGGAAACCGGAAAUAAAAGCAGAAAUGUUAAAGGAGUCGGACAAAACCACGGAUAACAAUUUAAAGUGCGGUUGGUUUUGGUUCAGGCCGAUUUAUUUGCAAAAAUUUCGUACGGCCAAAUGGGCGCUUUUUUGGUUGUGUUGGGCAGGUGCGAUGCAAGGUAUGGUCGUGAACGGAUUCGUUAACGUUGUGAUAACAACUAUCGAAAAAAGAUUCGGACUUAGGUCAUCUCAAACCGGAUUGAUAGCAGGCGGAUACGACAUUGCAAGUUUUCUUUUACUCGUACCGGUCAGUUAUCUCGGUGGUCGUUCGAAAGCAUCAAAACCAAGGUACAUCGGUGUUGGUGUUCUAGUCUUAGGUUUAGGAAGUUUACUAUUUGCAUCCCCUCAUUAUUUGAUUGGCCCAUACAGAGGUGGUCAAAAAUCGGAGAACAUAUGUCAAAAAGCGAAUAACGUAUCAACUCGUUCAGUAUCGUGCAGUGACAUCAAUGGACACGUUGACGAUCAGCAGGAACCUUAUAGCGGAAUGUACUUAAUUAUAUUUUUGGUUGCACAAUUAUUACACGGUGCCGGUGCAGCACCCUUUUAUACACUUGGUGUAACUUAUUUGGACGAGAAUGUAUCGAAAAAAAUGUCUUCUGUAUAUUUAGGUAUCUAUUACACAAUGGCGGUAAUAGGACCAGCUUUGGGAUACGUGGUUGGUGGUGAACUUUUAAAACUUUAUACUGAUUUUAUCAUCAUCGAUCCUACAACAAUCGGAUUAACUCCGGAUAGCAACGUUUGGGUAGGAGCAUGGUGGAUAGGUUUUCUGGCAGCUGCAGUUAUUUGCUUUGUUAUCGCGAUACCGCUUCUGGCAUUUCCUGCAGCUUUACCUGGUUCGGAAGAAUUGGCCAAAGAAAGGGUAUCAGAGGCACACGCCAAACCUAACAAAUCCUCGGCAAGGGAACCCGGGGGUGAGGCCUUUUCGAAAAUCCGCGAAUUACCGCGUGCCAUGACGGAAUUGUUAACCAAUCCUGCGUUCUUCAUGUUGAAUUUGGCCGGUGCUAGCGAGGGCUUGCUUAUAGCCGGUUUCGCUGCUUUCCUACCUAAACUGAUCGAAAAUCAAUUUAGCGUCAGCGCCAGUUCAGCCGCGUUAUUGAUGGGAUUGGUGACGGUACCCGCUGGCGGUGGUGGCACGUUCCUCGGUGGUUAUUUGAUAAAACGUUUAAAUUUGUCUUGUUCCGGUAUAUUGAAAUUUUGUUUAUUCUCAACGGCAGCUUGUAUAAUCUUCACCCUUUGUUUCGCAUUGAGUUGCCCUAAUUUGAAUUUUGCCGGACUCACCGUACCCUAUCAUUCUAUCACGAAAAAAUCGUUAUCCCUGGAAGAUACUUGCAACAGUGCCUGCGGAUGUUCCAGAUCGGAAUUUAAUCCUAUUUGCGGUAUCGACGGUGUUACUUAUUAUUCGCCCUGCCACGCUGGAUGUUAUCAAGAAAUAUUGAUGAACGACGUCAAAGUGUACGCAGAUUGUAGUUGCAUACAAUCUACUGGCAAAAAUUGGACGACUUUUGUCAGCAACGAGAACAUCACUUACGAAGCAAUCAACACUACGUGUACUAGCACGUGUUCAUAUCUUUGGUUAUUCGUCGUACUCGCAUUUUGUAACAUGUUCGUUACAUUUCUUUGUACGAUGCCAGCUUUGUCGUCUACCCUAAGAGUCGUACGUGACGAUCAGAGAUCAUUCGCACUUGGGAUACAAUGGAUAAAGGUUCGAAUUUUAGGCACGAUACCUGCACCAAUGGUAUUCGGUGCAUUAAUCGAUGAAACUUGCAUAUUAUGGCAAGAAAAUUGCGACGGAAGAGGAGCAUGUCUCGUCUACGAUAAUUAUUACAUGAGCAGUUACAUGCUAGCAUUGGCUUUCAUUGGCAAAGCUGCAUCCCUACUAUUUUUUUUCCUUGCAUGGUGGAGUUACAUUCCACCGGUAAGCAAAACGAUUGGUUCAAAUUCUCGACAGGAAAAUACUGCUGGUGUUAACAUAUCAUUAAUGACGAACGAUACUACGAACGAUCAUCAACUUACACCAGCUACGAUCACUCCUAUGAUGGACGCGUAAAUCAUCACCAUACUUUUGGAUAUUUAAUGAUAAAAGACGAAAAAAAAGUCAAUAAAUCAAGAUAAAUCGCAGGAGGGAGGGAAAUAAGAACAAAAAAUUAUCGAAGAACUUUUGCGUCGAGGGUUUGCGUGCAACUGAAAAAAAAAAAGAAAAGGAAAAACAAAACAAAAAUGUGUGAUAAAACAUUUUUUACGAAAACGUUAACGUUGGAUCGUUAAUUCGAUAGAUAAUUAUUUCGUAAUGAACUAUUAAUUUCCCCGCCCCCCCCCCUUUCUAACUCGUUGUAAAAUUAUUAUUCUUACAGGAAUCAUUUAAAUUUUGCAACAAAAUAUAUCGUAAUUUGAUCGGUAUUCGUCAUUGUGUUCGUAAUAAAUGUACGAUAUAAUUUGUACAGUGUACAAUAUAUCAGUGUACAAAUAUCUUACUAACAAAAAUCACGAAACAUAUCCUAAAACGAUGGUAUACAUUUGUUCUUAAUUUUACUAAUAUAUUGCAACACGUCGAUGAUCGAAACAACUUAAUGACAAUCUAUUUUCCCGUGUUACCUUUAAAUCGAUGACCAAUUUUAUUAUAAUUCGCACAACAUCGUAUGAUUAAAUAAUGUUGUUUUUUUUUUAUAUUUCGUCGAUUUCAUUCGUAAAUAUUAUAAAUUACGAAUUCGACGGUGCGGUAUACGCUGUCUGCAAAAGCUCGUUCACUGCCGGAACAUUAAACCGUUUUACGGUAUAUAUAUAUAUAUAGUAAAAGUACCGGAACUGAUGUGAAAUCUCAUUGAGUGGAAAUUUAAAAAAAAAGAAAAAAAAAAAAAAAAAAGAGAACAAAGAGAAAUAAAAAUAAGUAAAAAUAAUUAAUUUUUGUUGCAUUGGGAGAAUAAACAUUCAUUGCAGAAUACAUCGCACAAGUGCACUUGUAAUAUUUCUAAUAUUCGUUAAUCGAUAUAUCGAUCUCUCGAUUUUCCUACCAUAGUACCAAUCUGUAUUGACAAAUAAUACGUAUUAAAUGUUACGAUUAAAAAAAAAAAAAUAUAAAUAUAAAUAUAUAUAUAUAAUACGGAUGUUUGUACUACUCAUUGCGAAGUGCAAAGUGAUAUUUACGCUUAAUUAAGUAAUUAGUCAAAGUACAGUGUUUGAAAAAAAAAAAAAAAAAAAAAACAAUAGAAAUCGUAUAGCGUUUAAUCCCCCUUUAAAUGGUGUCGACAAAACUAAAUGUCGUAUAUUUUACCCAUUGUAAUAACGAAUUUGUAAUCCGACGAUGUAUUAUAUAUUAUUACGUAAAGAGAUGCGUUAAAAACUUUUUAUAUUAAAUAUAUUAAUGUAAAAGUUACACGAUGUAUUUCGUAAAUAUUAAAAAAAGGUUCCACAGCUGUUGUUUGUAUCAAUGAAAAAGGGGACGCGAUAAAAAAAAAAAAGGAAAAAAAAAAACAAAAAAAAUCACAUCGAUGUGCAAGCAAUGAAAUGUUACCGUAAAGUAAGGUAUUUCACAUUUUUCUACGUUUUUUAUCCGACAGAUACUUCCUGUCGACAAAUCAUUGUCUUUGCAGAACCGUUAAUAACACAUCCGUUUUAAUGAAUAAAAUAAUCGUUGCUCUCUCUUGUUAAGAAAAAAAAGAAAUAAUAAAAAGAAAGUAGAAACAUUAUGAUUAAAGUGUCAAGAGAUGUUACGGCUAAAAAAAAAAGAACAAUCUUAUCAUAUCGUCAAUUCGAUGAAAAAAAAAACACUCGUGAGUAGUAACUCGAAUUAUGUAUAGGUACUUAUCUUACCUAUUAAACAUGUAUAUAUAUAUAUAUAUAUAUAUAUAUAUAUACAUA